AUGGCAGGAGACGCAGAAGACCGCGCCGCGCUCGUCAACCGACAGCUCCCAGAGAUGACCCUGUCGACAGCCGACAACCCUCUCACAGCACCCAAGCCACCACCAGAGAAAUUGUCUACGGCAGAGAGAGCGCAGUAUAGGUUCCAGGUCAAGGGCAAUGCGAUCAUCACCGGUGGCGCCGGCACCCUCGCCCUCGAAGCCGCAGCCGCCCUCCUCGAACACGGCGCCACGGGCCUCGCCCUCUGGGACAUGAACCCCGACCAAGCCUUCGAAAGCGUCAAGAAACUGCACUCCAAGUUCCCUCACGCACGCAUUAUAACCGAAGCCGUCGACGUCCGCGACGAGAAAGCCAUUGCUUCAGCCGUGGAAAGCAGCGUCAAAGUACUCGGUAGCAUAGACAUGCUCUGCUGUUUCGCCGGCGUGGUAGGCUGCACACACGCGAUUGAGAUGGCGGCGGAUGAAUGGCGGCGCACACACGAUAUCAAUCUUACGGGGUCGUUCUUGUGUGCACAGGCUGUUGCGAAGCAGUUUCGUGCGCAGGGGACGGGGGGCUCCCCGCGAGCAAUCGCAAACUUCAUCAUCACCAAGCUCACCGACGCCACGAUUUACGUGCAGGAUCUUAUCGAGGCACGGGCGGAAGACGAGCGGCGCCGCGAGCGGGAGGAGAACGAGCGGAUCUCACGAGAAGCGCGCAGACGCGUGAUGGAGUAUGGCGAUGCGGAUGAGUCGUUGAUGGGGGAUCGGGAGGCGGAGGAGGGGAGAAGGAGGCCGCAGGAUUGA